GGCAUGUUCCUGGAGAUUCCGCUCACGUGGCCCGUCGUGGCGGCACUGUCCUGGCGAGUGACCCUCGUCAGGAUGGAGCUUCCCCCGUCGGGGAGCUCAGGGGAGCUUCCAAAGAAGGUCGCCAUGGAGGUGAUGACGGUCGUCCUGAACACUACGGCGCGGGUGCCAGGUUGGUGCGCGACGCGCCUCUCGUCGCCGCUCGUCGCGCUGAAGGAGUUCCUUCCGAUGUUCGUGGUUGUGCAGGCGCUGGAGGUCUGGCUCUCCCCCGUCUCGGUGCACCCGCACCUCAUGCUGGGGUCCAUGCUGGGGCCUCCGACGAAUACGACGUCCAUAGUGGUGGCGGUCGUCCAGUGCAACGUGGCGCAGGUGCCACGCCUGGCGGUUGCGAACAUCACGAUGCUGCUCGGCUCGCUGCUGGGAGCGUGCGGGGCGGACGAGCAGAUCUCUCUCGACGUCGGCGCCGCCCCCAUCGCCACGUUGGCCCGCGGCGACGGCCUCCACGACCCGUUCGACGAGCAGAGGGUUACGGGUGGGCGCCGACGGCUUCUCGUCAUCCAGCGCCACUUCGUCCAGACGGGGGGCACGGAGCGGUUGGGGGGCAAGCCUUUCGAGGUUUGGGUCCAG